AAGGACAAUAAUUUAAACUUGGACCAGGGUGCUUCAUACUACGGGAGUAGAGGACCAACAUGACCUUGUCGGUUGUUCUACAAGACAAAUUCACCACUAAGUGCAAUCUCAUUCAUUCCCACUUCAACAUGGUUUUCAUUUCAUGUGUCUAGAUUCAGGGCUGGGUGCUAGCUAGGAAACAACAACAAACAAAAAAGCCUUCUAUUCUAUACUACUAGGCCCUCUCUCUUUUUCUCAUAAUAAAACCCAAAUUAACAACACUAACAUCACACUUGUCUUUCCUUAAUCAACCACAAUGUUACCCUUUCCACCUUCUUUCUCUCUCUACACUCUAAUCUAACUACUAAGGUGAGUCUUAUAUUCUCUAUUUUCACUUAUUUUUUUCCAAAAAAAACAAUAUUCCCAUUAGUGGUCCUAUAUAUACAGUUAAAGCACUUCCUUAGAUUUCUGAGAAUAGGAUUGAUUAGUGAAAUUCUGUUGUUGGUGAGAUUAUAAGAAUAAUCACACACAAUAAAUAACAGUAUCUCUCUUCUACUACUACUAUUACUAUAAUCAUCAUUGUUUAAGUUUUGUUCUUGUAUAUUAGAUAGUGUUGAAUUAGGGUUUAGCAUCCAUAACCAUAGUUAAACACAAAAUAAUCAUUGAUUAUGGUUUAAGUUAGAGAGAGAUUAUUCUAAUUUAGAUCUCUCUCACACACACACACCCUCCUCACAAUAAGGUUAAUGGAAACAAACAUUUCACCAACAACUUUAGGUUACAAUAGAGAUUCUUCUUCUUCUUCACCAACUCCACCUCAAACAACUCCAUCUCAAACUAACACAAACACAUUAGUCUUCAAUAUUCCACCACAAAAUCCACAACACAACAAUAAUCUUCAUCCAGAUCCAGAUCUAGUCGUUACAACAAGCACUUCUACCAUCCCAAUAACACCACAACAGACAACAAUAACAGCAACAAAAGUAUAUUACCGAGAAUGUCUGAGAAACCACGCGGCAAGCAUGGGAAGCCACGUGGUAGAUGGAUGUGGCGAGUUUAUGCCAAGCGGUGAAGAAGGUACUCCACAAUCAUUCAUAUGUGCUGCUUGUGAUUGUCAUCGAAAUUUUCAUCGAAAACAUGUCCAAUUACCACAACAGCAACAAGAACAACAACAUCAACAACAAACGCAACAUGUUGUUAAUAACGGUCACGUUCAGUUUAACACACCUUCUUCUUCAUCUCAAAGAUUCUCACACCCCACUACUUCUGGACAUGUUCCACCUUUGAUGAUGACCUUUGGAUCAGGUCCAGCUGAAUCAUCAAGUGAAGAUCUCAACAUGUUGGGUGCACAAUUUUCAAUACAAACGCAGCAGCAGCAGCAGCAGCAAGUUUCUAAGAAGAGGAUAAGGACGAAAUUCUCACAGCUUCAAAAGGAUAAGAUGAUGGAGUUUGCUGAAAGGAUUGGGUGGAAGAUCCAGAAACAUGAUGAACAAGAAGUUCAACAGUUUUGUUCUCAAGUUGGUAUCAAAAGACAGGUUUUCAAAGUUUGGAUGCAUAAUAACAAACAAGCUAUGAGAAAAACAGGAAAUGUAAGCUUAGCUUAGCUAUUUUUUUUUUUGUUCCAUUUGUUUUAAAAGAAAUAAGGCAAGAAAAUUAGUAUAUAAAUGAAUAACAUACUUGAUCAUUAAUAUUCAAUUUCUAUGUAUUUAAAAUAUGUUAUAUAUAUGGUGUUUAAUUAUAUUGAUAUGAAAGCUGUAUGCACCGAUUCUGAGUUUCUCACCUCUUUAUUCCUUGGAAUAGACUUUUGAAAGAGAAAGAAGAAAACGACAAAUUUGUUUGUAAUGUUUGUUAUAAGCUAAAUUAAGAUUAGGGUAGGUGUAAGUAACAAUAUUUGAUGCGUAAUCUUUGUUUGGGGACUUUAUGCUACUUUAAUAAUGGAAGUCUUGGUUCUUGAAUCUAUUGGGUUUCUAUGGUAAUCAAUGUUAGGAAUUAGGAUCCCACCACAAAUUUGUCAUCGGAUAUAGGACAGACACCGACACAUGAUUAUAGGAGACAACACCCGUUCUUUUCUCGAAUUGAUUUUGAAGGUUGUGUAUUGUCUUGUCUCUAUCUGAACAAAUUAACCUUGAAGAAAUAUCUAAGAUGAUUACAAAUGAACAAAGAUGAAGAAAGUGUUGGGAGAUACAAAUUUCAUCAUAAGUAUUUGGCAGCAAUAUAUGGUGAAAGUAAAUUACUUUUUGUCGUUUUGCACAACAAAGUGAUGAGAGUCUCAUCCUUGAUAUUUAUCCUUUUAUCAUAAUUGAAGUCCUUUUCUUUUCUUGAAGAUGCCGAUUAAACUUUGGGGAGGUGGAGGGUUCUUGAGGAUAGGCAAUUUUCGUGAAACAACAUUGUUUCUUUUAGGUAUGGAGCUCGGGUGUAGAGUUCUUUGUUAAGUGAUGAGAUGAUUGGUUUAAAGAAAGUAUUUUUAUGAUUGAGAGAAGUUUUUGCCUCUCGAUUUCUUAUUAGAUCAGUAGUUAGAUUGAUUCGCCUCUUCAUCUACCAAAGUGGUUAGAAUGGUUUGAAUACAAAUUUUUGACAUAUGAUGUUUAGGUAGGAAAGUUUUCAUUGUGUCUCAUUUGAGAUGUUGCAAAAAUCAUAAGUGUUGAAACUAUGUGAAGUUUGAGAUA